AUGGCUGCGUCUCCAGAACGUGAUGAACGAGGCUUGGUAAAGAAGAAAAAAUUAACUCGCCUCGGUUCAUUUAGUUCCCAAGAGGUUUUCCGCGCUUGGGCGAACGACUCGCUCUUAAAACCGAAAUCUAUCGAGACUUUAAUUGGAGUACAUCAGGUAGAUUCAUUGCCUGCAGUUUUGGCUUUACGGAGUAAAGAUAUCGCCAACCUUGGCCUUCCUAUAGGCCAGGCGAGACUGUUCCAAGAAGCGGUAAUAAAAUUACAUGCCGAAUACACCUACCAAGAACCCUUCUCGCCAGCUACAAAAGUUGAUGUAGAGGUUCCUAGUUAUAAAAGCAUGCUAGAUACCGGACCACCUGUUGAACGUGUCGAUGGAACAGGGGAUUAUUUUCGAUUUAAUAAUUUCGAGACAUCUGAAAUCGGAGUAGAAAUGGAUGAAACGUUUUGUGGUGAGAUGUGUCUUCAAAUAUUACUGGGUCUUAGCCUGAUUCACACUUAUAGCAAUUCUGUCGCAGUGUCGGCGAUUUUUCUCUUCCUGGCAAAUGUGAUUGAGUGAAUGACUUGCAAAAGACUUAGAAUUGUUUACUUCUGAAAAGCGACUCUGUAUUUUUGUGUGCGAGUUCACUUAUUCGCAUCCGUCAGAAAUAUAAAAUCGCCGACAAAAUUGCUAGUCUUUAGUGGCAAAGUGGUUCCGUGUAUACUUGUCUUUCAAAUUUCACUUCCUGUUGACAGUUGUUCGAUUGUAAUUUUGCUUCGAUUUCAUGUGAGAAUAUAGUGCUUCUAAUUUGAUACUCUGGUUUUCGACUGGACCAAUAUUAGAUUGGUCCUGUACCGCUCUAUGUACUAAAGCUAUACUGUAUUUAGAGUUAGCCAGUGUAAAUAAAGGUAAUUUAAUAUAAAUUUACAGGCUUCCUCCUGUAUUAACAUGCACUUGGCCAAUAAAGGUCAAAGAGUUCAAAGGAUGAGCCUUACUGAUCCUCUGUGGGGAACAGUUUAGGGUACUGGUAGAGCUGUACAGUUUAGUUCAAGUUUAGUUUCAGAGAAGUUCGUUUUAUCUGUUGUCAAGAGCUCUUAUGGUUUAUCUUUAUUUUUGCAUAUGAAAGUGCAGCCAUGUGUCUACAGCGCUCUUAAAAAACCUGUCAGUCGUAUAGAAAGAUAAUUUAUUAAUGAAUAUAAAGAUUAAUUUAUUAAACCUAUAGAUUUAAGAUUUAUGCAUCGUACAUAUCAGGUACAAAUCGGAGCAAUGAAAUUUUAAAUUUUAUUCUUUUUUUCCAAUUUUGAGAUGGUGAAAGCGACAAAAAAUUACUUCAAGACAAUGGCGAUGAUGAUGAUGAGGACGAAACGCAAUCUGGUUGUGCUUGUCAAAGAUGGCUGUUCAUUAGUAUCUUUAUGCCGCUUAUAUUAGUUCUAUCUCUUUUGGGAUGUAUUGCCUGGCUGGUGCUUUGGCCAAGUAAGUAAACCCUUUAUAUAUUGAAAAACUAAAGUGCACUAAACUUUAUACCAAGAACCAUGACCAGCCGACAAUUUAAAAAAGUAAAGUAAAAAACAAAUUCCCACAUGACAGAUGCUCUCUCUCUCUGUUGUAAAGUAUUGUAUCUCAUUCUGUCUGAAGAUGACUUUGAAAUGAAGUCGAGAAUUUACAGUCUCAACCUGCGUCUUUUUUUGGAUCAUAUAUUGUCAAUCUCAAGAUGUCUUGUCUUUUCUGAAUUUGUUUUUUACUAAACUUUAUACUGUAUAUGAUAAGUCUAUUAAUUCUAAACUGUUCUUCCCUAUAAGUAAAGAGGAACAGCUUUUAGUCAUCAAGUGUUAUCACAGGAGGAAAUACCAAACUAACUUUAUUUAUACUGGAUAGCUCUAUCAGUUUUAAAAUGUUCUCCUUAUAGCGAGAAAACGUUCAUUCCAACUCUCGCUUGCCAACUCUCAUCCUCGUUUGACUGUGUCUGUGGUUUGACCGGGAGAUUGAAGAGAAACCCGGCUGUGUUUUGUAAAGAUACUGGAAGAACUCUUCUAACCAUUGACUGAGAUUGAAUUAUAAUAAAACAAGCACAAAUUGUGGGAAUCCGCAGAAUGAAAGACAUAUUUUGCAUGCAUGUGUUGGCUAUAUGAGAGUUGAGAAGUGAGAGUUUACAUGAGAGUUUUCUCAACUCUUAUGCCUCUCUCAAACGAAAACAAGAGUUGCAUGAGAGUUGAUGAGAGUUGAGACGGGAGAGUUUGCAUGAGAGUUUUCUCAACUCUCAUGCCCCGGUCAAACGCGAGAACAAGAGUUGCGUGAGAGUUCAUGAGAGUUGAGAAGCGAUACAGUUUAUAUGAGAGUUUUCUCAACAAGAGUUGCACGAGAGUUGACUGGACUUGUCGUAGCACUGUAUUACCGGUUAAUCAUCAACUCUCAUCAAAAUUUGAACAAGUUCAAAGUUGAUGAGAGGGCGUUAGAAUCGAUUAAAGUUAGCGAUCAACCGCGUCUCUUAUUUUCGUUUGACCGGGGACACCAUGGGAUUAAUCUUCACUCUUUUCCUUGCACUUGUAGUAAACAAAUUUUGUCCCAUUGGACAGACAUUUUCAAAAAUCUUCAACGCUACGGAAAACCUUAUGAAACUCCCUGUGCUAUCCAUAAACUGGGCUGUGGGCAGAAGACGUGAGCCAGAGCGGAUACCAGAAUCCCCAGAGACGAAGAGAAGUUAUGGUGGAACUGACGACGUAUCUCUGCACGAGUUAAACAAAACGAACAGAUGA